GCCACAACUACAACUUCUACCUCUACUUCACGGUCAGUCAAAAAUAAAGCAGAAAAAAGAAUGUCUGCGACAUUGCAUGAACUACUGUUCGGCUCCUCGAAACCAAAAUUUCAAAAAAAGGCCCCCGCCCCCGCUCCUGGCCGAUCUUCUUCCUCAAGUGCAGCGGAGGAAAGUCCGACGUCAUCAACCGAAAACGAACAAAGCGCGAUUGACAGCAUCACCCAGGCGAUGGCGUUUCGACACAUGAUCCAUGGUAGUGCUGUUGCUGAUGCUACUUCUACUUCUGAACAAAUAAUAGCAAAAGCGCGUGGUAGUGGAGAACAGCAACAGGGUCGUGCUGUUUCUUCAGAGCCAGCAGGACUAGCUGGGCCAGAAGCAAAAUUCGAAAAAAGAGGUGUUGUGAAGAGUAGAGAAGCAAGCGAAGACGGUCGACCGCCUCGAGUCGCCAGUAGACUGGCAGCAGUUGUAGCUGAAGAACUAGUUGGAGGAGCUGGAGCAGGAGUCCUUAGAACAACAACCGGAGGUUCCUCCUCGUGCACGACCUCUUCGAUACAAGAAGUAGAGGCGUCGCUUGUUGUUCUUGACGGAGGCUCAACAGCACAGCACUCCAUCUCAUCAUCCAGUGACUACCUUGGGGGCGGGUGUGGUCCCACGUGGAUGGACGUUGGCGGGACUUUUUGUCCAGGUCCAGACCCCAUGCUCAAGCCUUUCUCCGAAGAAAUUCCUGCUCCUGGCUUCAAAUUGCGUGGGACGCACGUGGGGACACCGUCUUCGUCAGCGAAUUGCGCAUCUGCUGUUGCUGCUAGUAUUGCAGAUAGCAACAACAAGGCGCCUCCAGCACCAGCAAAAGCGCCUCCACCUCCACCAACAUUCUUGGGAGCUGCAGGAACGAAUGCAACGACGACAUCACUAUCAACCUCCUCAGAGAAAGAAAGCCACGAACAAGUCGUGGCUGUAGAUGUUAAGAAGAGCGUGAAUUGGAACCUUUUCAACAAGCCUUCGAAACAAGCGUUCCCAGAGGUCGGGCCUCUGUCUCAGCCACAUGUGCAUCAUCCAGACUUGCCACCUACAUUUGCUAAAGCGAAAUCCAAAAGUCCGAGAGGAGCAUCGGAAAAUACAGCUAUGUCAACUACAACUACAACUACUACAUUUCCGACCCCUGCCACGAAUGGAGGUAUAGGCAUUUUUGGUGGAGCGCCACAACUACAACAGGGCGGAUCUUCUAGCUCUACCGCACCUUCAGCAGUUUCAAUAUCCGCGUCUGGUGGUCGCGGAGGUGGUGCCAGCACAACUGCGUCAAAAGCGAACAAGCAAGGCAACAGUAAGAAGCCGCCACCACCGCCUCCGCCGUCUGUGAUUUUCGGAGGACGAAAGCGACCCGCUGGGGGUGGUCGAGCUGGUGCAGGAGGCACUUCUAAGAAACAAAAAUCAGAAAGCAGCUCGAAAAAAACAGCUUUUUCGACGGCUUCCACGGUCACAGACGCUUCUGUCGAUCAACAAGGAGAACAUCAAAUGAAGUGCGAUAGUCCCGUCUCAGAGUCAGAUAUUGACUUGAGUGAGGAAACGCGAGGGAUAGGCGGAGCCGUUCCACGAAAAGGUGGGCAACUAGGUGUGCCAGGUGGUGGUGGUCAGCAGUUCCCGAAGAAGAAGGAAAUACCACCGCCACCACCAGCCAUUCGAUUCUUAUGUGGUGAGGAUGAGGAGGAUGGUGGAGUGGGCAAGGGAGGCCCAUUUCAGGGGGUGAACGGCGUUAGUACAACAGAGAUCAUGGAAGAGUACGAGGAAAGAGUUUCCACAUUGCACUUCCUUCAGACCACGCCAGAUUUUGAAAAUAUACGUGCAAACAUGCGGGGUUUAGCUUUAGGUCCGACCACUGGAUCUGCAGCAGCAGGAGGGGGCACAUCAACAACAGGAAACAAUCAUCUUCCAAAAACGAUAAAACUAGCGCGUCGCGAGCCCGCCUCUUUUCUCCGUUUCUACGGACCUGACAGUGCUGGCGACAUUCGGCACGAUAUCGGGGAAACCAUAGGUCAGUGGUACUAUCGAAAAGACUUGCGCCUUCUGGUGCAGAAGAGACUAGUUGAUACCAGAAUGAUGCUACCGCACAACAGUUUCAUGUCCUCGAGUCCUCAGCCAGUCCUUCCUAGCGUAACUCAUACUGGAAAAGUCCUCCAGAAGGUUACGGUGGAUCACUCUAUCGACCACUACCGCGAUAUGGCGAGGAUGCACGCGAGGAACAGCAUUAUCAACCCUCGAAUGCCGAUGGAAAGAUUCUACGCGAGUGUAUUGAUGAUUGUCUAGAUUACUCCUUGAUGGUCUUGGUCUUUCUUCUUCAGUUUCAUCUCGUGUUUCACUUCAUCAUAUUAAUUUAUCAUCUUCUACCUGCUCCUAUACAACCACAACUUACUAGUGCAAUUUCUAACUACUAAAUCUAAAAUCUUCUCUUUCUGCGAAGAACAACUCUUCAUCUGUACUUCAUCUAUCAUCUUCUACGCAAACGCGCCACUUUUUCAACAUAAAACAGCACCAAAUGACCUGGAAUUGGCCAUCUUUCUUGCCGCAGAGAAGUCUUCAAAUCGAUGCUGACUUACGAUGGUGGGAGCGUCUUUAUUUUCGAUACGUCGAUCCUGCUGUACUUGUCGGCGCUGGUCGUGUUGUGGGAGUGGGAGGGGACAACGUCAAGGCUGCUCCUGUGAAAAGAGAUGAUGUUGGAGGAGACAUCAAGGUUCCUGUGAAAACUACGGAUAAUGAUAGAGAUGUACGGCCUCCUGCUCCGCCGCAAACUGAUAAAGCAGAAGUGAAGACCGAAGAAAAAGCUGCCGUUGUUGUUGAAGAUGAGAACGGUGUGGGCUGCCUUGCUGAGGAGCACCCCCCAACAAGCAAACUUGAUACAGAAGUCGCUCCUGUUCUUGACACUCCUCCCGAUCAUGAAGCACCUCCAUCUUCCUCAAACCAGAACAAGAAGACAUCUUCUUCCGUUUCCUCCAUCCGCGAAGAGAUCCAUUCUUUGCGACGCGAUGUUCUCGCGACAGCCUCUCGCGAUGCUCUUUUUCCAUCCGCGACGUCGGCUUUGGGCGGGUCGGGGAAUAUUAACUAUAGAGGUGGCGGUGGCUUUUUCGGGAGUAGCUACUUGUUUCACAACAACAGCAUUAUGCAAAAUAACAAAACUGGUUUCGGCGUCCGCACCUUAGCAGACUUCGGCUCCAUGAUGAGCGCAAACUUGCUCACCCGGACAACCCUACCCAAAGCUACACCUGGCGCUACUGCGACAAUUGUGUUAAGGCUAGGUUUUAAUAUUUUCAUUUUGAUGAAAACGAUCUUCUGUAAGUAGUGAUUAUAGAGAUUCUCAUAAUGAAGGUGUUCUUGCUAUACCAUAGCGUUCAUUUCGUUUUUCUGAACAAGGGGGAAGGCAUAUCGAACGGGGUAAAUAACGAACGGGGUAAAUAACGGACGGGGUAAAUAACGAACGGGAUAAAUAUCGAACGGGGUAAAUAAAGCCUACAUGGUCUAACAGUGAAAAGCACACAGCCUCGGAGCUGGUUGCGAGUGGCAGGCUCAGGGCCGAAUUGGCAGGGUGGUUUGAACCUCGCAAGAGGGUUUGGCGACGUCACAGCCCAAGUCUUGGGCCACACCGCAGAGCCCGAUUUUUUCGAGUUUUCUGCCGAAGAUUUGCAGUACUUGGUUGUCGCAUCGGACGGCGUCUUCGACUACGUAAACGAAGAGACGCAGCUCGAGUUCUUCGCAGGACAACCGACUGUUAAGAGAGAUGAGCGCUUGUUUCCCUCAAUUAGAGAGUUGCUCUGCAGAUUCCCUCAAUUACUUGCUAGAAGUGACAGUGAAUUACUUUGAGUCGUUCAGGUUCAGGAACUGACUAUGUGCAUGUGGUUUGUAGUUGUUUCUACCAAGAUCAAUAUUUGCAUGUGGUUUGUAGUUGUUUCUACCUAUUUGCAUGUUGUCUCUACUAUGCCUACGACCCAUUUUUAUACUUCUUCUUCUUGCACAUGAUCUUCUACUACCAAGAAGAUCAACACUUUUUCGACUCUCGCUUGUCCUUCUAAUCUCGCUCCGGAAGUGAUCAAACUCUCGAGGGACGUUUACAUGGAGGUAACACGUGGAUCCUGUGACGAUAUCACCGCAGUGGUUCUAAGAUUGCGUCCGAGAGAGCGGGCAUCCUCCUCACAGCUUGCGGAUGAGGCUGCUAAGGAAGAUGUAGUUGUAUCAAACUAGGUCGUACGAGGAGUAGGAGCUCAAAUUAGGAGUUGUAUCAAAGUAGGAUGGUCUCGUAAGAUGUAGUUGUAUCAAAUAAGUGGAGGGAGUUGUAGCUCACACUUAGCUUCAACAUUGUGAACGUCGUGAUGAGGUCCUAUCAAAGUAGAAGAAGGAGUGGCAGCUUUUGUUACUUUGAUCGUGUGAAGAAAAGAUGCUCAUGCUGUCACUUUCAUCUUCGUGACCUUGUGGCUCUAGCUUGAGCAGAAGAUGAUAGCGUGUGCUGCUGGUUGAUGUUGAUCAUCUUGAUGUCUCGUAGAAAUUCCGACUCGAUGUUGUUGAUUCCACCUUACUUCUACUUACUGCUAUCAUACAUGGUAGGUGUAGGUGUAUUUGUACUAUUUUUAGCAAGAUAACCAUUUUUUCACCAGACGUUGAAUGAAUCAACGUGAUUCGUUUUCUGAAUCUUCCUGUUUUUCCCCCUAAAUCCCAACAGAAGAAAAACAUGUUGUGACGAUCCUGCAUAAGAAUUCAUCAGGAACUAGUACAAUCACAACAUAGCCGUGGCACUACUGGUGGCAGACCACCUCUAGCGAGUACUUCUAAGUGUGAGUAAAGCGAUAGUACCUGGAG